AUGAAAUCCUUUAGUCUCUCCCAGCGUGUUCUCCUGCUGCUCAGUACUCUGCUGGGCCUGUGCCAGGGUCUGGAGUUCACAGGCUCCGAGGGUCAGUGGGCUCGGUACGUCCGCUGGGACGCCAGCACCAGAAGUGAGCUCACCUUCCAGUUCAAAACAGCCGCGUCCGACGCCCUAAUCCUCUACUUUGACGAUGGCGGCUACUGCGACUUCCUGCUCCUCACGGUAACGGACGGGAAGCUCCAGCUCUGCUUCAGUGUCGACUGCGCCGAGACCACGGUCACCUCUGACAAAUCGGUCAACGACAGCCGCUGGCAUUUCGCUACAGUCAGCCGACACAACCUCAGAACGGUCCUAGCCCUGGACGGGCAGACCAAGGCGGACGAGGUUCGACCACAGCGCCAGUUCAUGAAGAUCGUCAGCGACCUCUUCCUCGGAGGUGUACCCGGAGACAUCAGGACCUCGGCCAUCACCCUGCCGACGAUUAGAGAGCUGCCACCGUUCAAAGGAGUUAUCACAGACCUGAAUUACGGAAACAAGGUUCCCACGCUGAUCAACAGUCAGAAGGUGCGUCUGGAGAUGAUGGGUCUCUGUACAGAGAACCCGUGUGAGAACGGAGGCCACUGCUCCAUGGCUGAUGGAGAACCCUACUGUGACUGCUCCAAAACUGGAUAUACCGGACGGACCUGCGGUGAAGCCGUUCAGAGGAAACCAGGCUUAGCACAUCUGAAGGCAUCUGAGUCAGGUAGAAACAAAGCGAGAGAAGAGAACGUGGCAACGUUCCGUGGUUCGGAGUACUUCUGCUACGACCUGUCCCAGAACCCCAUCCAGUCCUCCAGCGAUGAGAUCACGCUCUCCUUCAAGACGUGGCAGAGGAACGGUCUCUUACUCCACACGGGGAAGUCGGCUGACUACGUCAACCUGGCCCUAAAAGACGGAGCGGUGAGCCUGGUCAUCAACCUGGGCUCGGGGGCCUUCGAGGCCAUCGUGGAGCCCGUCAACGGGAAGUUCAACGACAACGGCUGGCACGACAUCAAGGUCACACGCAACCUCAGACAGGUGACUAUCUCCGUGGAUGGGAUCCUCACCACGACAGGGUAUACCCAGGAAGACUACACCAUGCUGGGGUCUGAUGACUUCUUCUACGUGGGUGGGAGUCCUAGUACGGCUGAUCUACCUGGUUCUCCCGUCAGCAACAACUUCAUGGGCUGCCUGAAAGAGGUGGUCUACAAGAAUAACGACAUCCGUCUGGAGCUCUCCCGUCUGGCCCGCAUCGUAGACCCCAAGAUGAAGCUCCAGGGUGACGUGGUGUUUAAGUGUGAGAACGUGGCCACCCUGGACCCUAUCAACUUCGAGAGCCCUGACUCCUACCUCAGCCUCCCCAAGUGGAACACCAAGAGAAUGGGUUCUAUCUCCUUCGACUUCCGGACCUCAGAGCCCAACGGACUCAUCCUGUUCACCCACGGCAAGGCCCAGGACCGGCGUGACGCAGCAGGGAAGAAGAACAACAAAGUAGACUUCUUUGCUGUAGAGCUGCUGGAUGGAGGGCUGUAUCUGCUGCUGGACAUGGGCUCAGGCACUAUCAAGGUCAAAGCCACCCAGAACAAGGUCAAUGAUGGAGCCUGGCACCACGUGGACAUACAGAGGGAUGGACGUUCAGGCAUCAUCUCAGUGGACAAUCGUCGUACUCCGUUCACGGCCAGCGGAGAGAACGAGAUCUUAGACCUGGAGGGAGACCUCUACCUGGGUGGUCUCCCUGACAACCGCGUAGGCCUGGUGUUACCGACCGAACUGUGGACGGCCAUGUUGAACUACGGCUACGUGGGCUGCAUCCGGGACCUCUUCAUAGACGGACGCUCCAAAAACAUUCGGGCCAUCUCCGAGUCUCAGAACACCACAGGCAUCAGGCCCACCUGCAGUAAAGUCACGGGGAAACAGUGUGAUAGCAAUCCCUGUAAGAAUAACGGAGUCUGUAAGGAAGGGUGGAACCGGUUUAUCUGUGACUGCACCGGGACUGGGUUCUGGGCCGGCACGUGUGAGAGAGAGGCGUCCAUCCUGAGCUACGAUGGCAGCAUGUAUAUGAAAGUGGUGAUGCCAAGCGUGAUGCACACUGAGGCAGAGGACGUUUCCCUCCGCUUCAAGUCCCAGCGUGCAUUCGGGCUCCUAAUGGCCGCUACCUCUCGGGACUCCGCUGACACACUCCGUCUCGAGCUGGACAGCGGCCGCGUCAAACUCACGGUCAACCUAGACUGUGUCAGGAUAAACUGUACCACCAGCAAGGGACCAGAGACUCUAUAUGCUGGACAAAAGCUCAAUGAUAAUGACUGGCACUCUGUCAGAGUGGUCCGACGCGGUAAAAACUUCAAACUGACAGUCGACGAAGACAUGGCUGAAGGUACUAUGGCAGGUGACCACACUCGUCUGGAGUUCCACAAUGUGGAGACAGGGAUUCUGACAGAGAGACGUUUCGUCUCCUCCUCCCCCUCCUCCUUCAUUGGACACCUGCAGGGCCUGAAGUUCAACGGCAUGUUCUACAUUGACAUGUGUAAGAACGGAGACAUCGACUUCUGCGAGCUCAACGCCCGCUUCGGCAUGCGCUCCAUCAUCGCCGACCCGGUGACCUUCAAGUCCAAGGGCAGCUACCUGGGCCUGGCCACCCUGCAGGCCUACACCACCAUGCACCUGUUCUUCCAGUUUAAAACCACCUCCCCGGACGGCUUCAUACUGUUCAACAGCGGAGACGGAAACGACUUUAUCGCUGUUGAGCUGGUCAAAGGGUUUGUCCACUAUGUGUUCGACCUGGGGAACGGUCCCAGUCUGUUGAAGGGGAACAGUGACAGUGCCCUGAAUGACAACCAGUGGCACAACGUAGUUAUCACCAGGGACGCCACCAACACACACACCCUCAAGGUGGACGCCAAGUCCGUCACACAGAACGUCAACGGAGCCAAGAACCUCGACCUCAAAGGGGAUCUGUUUGUGGCAGGGCUGGGGCCUAACAUGUACCAGAACCUUCCUAAACUGGUGGUCUCUAGGGAAGGUUUCCAGGGUUGUCUGGCGUCUGUAGAUCUGAAUGGCCGCCUGCCUGACCUCAUCAACGACGCCCUGUUCCGCUCCGGACAGAUCGAACGCGGAUGUGAAGGACCCAGCACCACCUGUCAGGAAGACUCCUGUGCCAACAUGGGCGUCUGUAUUCAACAGUGGGAGAACUUCACCUGCGACUGCACCAUGACGUCUUACACAGGGACACAGUGCAACGACCCUGGUACCACCUAUAUCUUCGGUAAGGGCGGGGGCCUGAUCACGUACACGUGGCCUAACAACGAGAGGCCCAGCACGCGUACCGACCGUCUGGCUGUGGGCUUCAGCACCACCAUCAAGGACGGUAUCCUGGUCCGCAUCGACAGCGCGCCACGACUCGGUGACUACAUCAUGCUACACAUCACGGAAGGCAAGGUGGGCGUGACCUUCAACAUUGGUACGUCAGACAUCAGUGUGAAGGAGGUAACCAUGACGAUCAACGACGGGAAGUACCACCUGGUGCGCUUCACCAGGAAUGGGGGCAACGCCACUCUGCAGGUGGACAACUGGCCAAUCAACGAACACUUCCCCACAGGUACCCACCAAUCACCAUCUGGCGUCUGUUACACUCACGUUUGA